AUGGCUGCUCUUCAGCUCAGUUAAGCCUUCUCAUCAGGUCCACGAACUUCCAUUUUUUGGUUCAGAUACCGGCCUGUUCGAUGCACUAACGAACGCCAGGCGCUCUUUAGCCGCAUUGCUUCUGUUUACGAUAACUUGAAUGAUUUUAGUCUGGGUCAGCAUCGAAUAUGGAAACGAAUGGCUGUAUCCUGGACUGGGGCAAAAAUGGGGGACAGUGUGUUGGAUUUGUGUUGUGGAAGUGGGGAUUUAGCAUUUCUGUCUGACAAAGUUCGCUCCAAUGGAAAGGUGACAGGUGUUGAUUUCUUGAGGGAGCAGCUGUUGAUUGCUUCAUCCCGGCAACAAUUGUCUUCAAAAGAAUGCUACCAAAUCAUCGAGUGGGUUGAGGGUGAUGCAACUGAUUUGCCAUUUUCUGAUUGUAACUUUGAUGCUGUUACCAUGGGUUAUGGGCUCCAACAUGUGAUUGAUAAGCGCAAGUCCAUGCAGGAGAUAUUUCGAAUCCUCAAACCAGGUGCAAAAGCAUCUGUCCUUGACUUUAAUAAGAGUACUCAACCAUUUGUGGUUUCAUUUCAGGAAUGGAUGAUUGGCAGUGUUGUUGUUCCUGUAGCAUCUGCCCAUGGCCUUGCAAAAGAGUAUGAAUACUUGAACAGCUCAAUCAGAGAAUUUUUGACAGGGGAGGAGUUGGGGGAACUUGCUCUGGAAGCAGGAUUUUCGACUGCCAAACAUUAUGAAAUUAGUGGAGGCCUAAUGGGAAACCUAGUGGCCUCCCGUUAGACAAAGAAUGGUGUUUGGGAUUUGCCAGGAUGUGUUCCUAGUUUUCUUGUGAGGAAGUAUAGGAGUUUUAACUUUGUAUUUUGAAUGCUGUCUGUGAACUCGGAAGUCCCAAACUGAGUAAUGAAUUAAUUAUAGUCCUGUUUCUCCUGCCCACUAAUAUAGUGAACUUUAUUUUCUCACUUUCUUGAUC